AUGAGUAAAAAAUUAAAGUUUUCAUUCUCUAAAGCUCCUCGUUUCCCAUUAAUACGUUAAGCUAUUGAUGUUCCUUUUUAUAACAUUCCAUCUACUAUCAAAAAGCGUUCUAUCAGUCUUGGAGAAAGAUUACCAAUCAAAAUAAUAUCUAAUACCCCUUCUCCUCAAUAUUAUUCAAUUUCAGAUACUAAAUCUUAAAUGAAAAAAUCAUUUGGUAUUGGCAGAGAUGUAAUUUAUAUUCUCAAUUAGAAAAUGUAUCAACCUAUGAAAUCAUUAAGUUAAACACCAAGCCCAUAAGUUUAUAAACUUCCAAAUACUCUUAAAAAAAUCAGUUAUUCCAUACGUCCUCGUUUAAAUAUAAAAACAGAAUCUUCUAUGACACCUGGCCCUGGAUCAUAUUAUGUUUCUAGAUUAAAAACUAUCUUUUGA